GAGCUUCACUAGUGAGUGACACUCGGAGCGCACACACUCGCGCUUCUCACUGAGUCGCCCUGGGGAAGAGGAAAGGAGAGAAGAGGAAAGGGAGCACCCAGUGCCACAGCUUCGGGUGCACCAGGAUAUCAGACAGUCGGGGAGCCCAGCUGGCCCUAGCAUUUGUAUUCUGUGGGGGCCGCGGCCGUCCUUGUUUGUGAGUGUGCACAGUCCGGUCACAAGCAUCGGAAGGGAGGCGCGGGAGCCCAAGCUGCCGCCUCUACCCCUGCUGCCUCUACUGUUUCUGGCGCUGCCUUUGCUGCCCUGGGCUCCACUCAUCCAGCCUCUAUCCGCGGGUUGCGCAGCCUCACUCUCUGACUGGCUCGCUCCUCGCUCUCUUGAGCCCCAGGUAUCCGGGUCGGGUCAGUACCGUCCGCCGCAAACAGCAGCCGGUUGCCGCUUGCCUCUGCAGCCUCAGUUCCAGCUCUAGCUCCAUCCAGCUUAGAGGCUUAGGCUCGACUCUUUGCUGGGGCUCCGGGUGGCCCGGGGUGCCCCCGAGACAUGUAAAGAGCCCCGCAUCUGUCCAGGACCUUCGUCUAGGAAGCCAGUAGCAGCAGCCGCGGCUGCAGGAACCGUGUCCUUUCUCCUGGGGCCAUCCGGGAGCCCCGACCCAGAAGCAGUGGAAGUUUGUGGCGUCCUCAGCAAAGUUGGGACGCUGCUUCUGGUGUUGCUGCUGCUGUUAGUACCAGAGCCGCAACGGGACUCUGGGGGGGUCGAUCUGGGCACUGGAACUUGUCAUCUCGAACGCACCUAAGUAAUCUGCACUAUUUCACAAAGAAGCACCUUACUUGGAGAGAAAUUUCUUUCCUUCUGUCUCAGGGCAGGAAAACAAAACAAAACAAAACAAAACAAAACAGACCCUAGACACUGAGAGGAUGGUGUUCCUUCACUGGAGUGUGCUCUGGAUGCUCUUACCCCUGUCUUCCUGGACCCAGAAGUUACCAACUCGUGAUGAAGAGCUAUUCCAGAUGCAGAUCCAGGAUAAAGCUCAGUUUCAUGAUUCAUCAAUGUUGCCAGAUGGAGCUGAAAUCAGCAGUUAUCUCUUUAGAGACACAUCAAAAAGGUAUUUCUUUGUGGUUGAAGAAGACAACACCCCUCUUUCUAUUAUAGUAACACCAUGUGAUGCACCUUUGGAAUGGAAGCUGACCCUGCAAGAGCUGCCUGAGGAAGCCAGUGGAGAAAGUUCAGGUGAACCAGAGCCACUUGAGCAGCAGAGGCAGCAGAUAAUUAAUGAGGAUGGCACUGAGUUAUUCUCCUAUAAAGGAAAUGAUGUGGAAUCAUUUAUGUCUUCAAGUUCACCAUCUGGCUUAUACCAAUUAGAACUUCUCUCUACUGAGAAGGAUACCCACUUUAAAGUCUAUGCCACCACUACACCAGAGUCUGACCAGCCCUAUCCUGAAUUGCCCUAUGAUCCACGAGUGGAUGUUACCUCUCUAGGACACACCACAGUGACUUUGGUAUGGAAACCCAGCCCCACAGCCUCACUGCUCAAACAGCCCAUUCAGUAUUGUGUGGUCAUCAACAAAGAGCACAACUUCAAGAGUCUCUGUGCUGUUGAAGCCAAGAUGACUGCUGAUGAUGCCUUUAUGAUGGCCCCCAAACCUGGUCUAGAUUUCAGCCCAUUUGACUUUGCUCAUUUUGGAUUUCCUUCAGAAAAUAGUCCUGGCAGAGAACGGAGCUUCUCAGGCAAGCCAGUUCCCAAGCUGGGGCGGCAUAUUUAUUCCAAGGCUAAGGUGGACAUUCAGAAAAUCUGCAUUGGCAAUAAGAAUAUUUACACAGUGUCUGAUCUAAAGCCUGACACACAAUAUUAUUUUGAUGUGUUUGUGGUCAAAAUGCCCAGCAAUACAAGCACUGCUUAUAUUGGUACCUUUGCCAGAACAAAAGAGGAAGCCAAGCAGAAGACAAUUGACCUCAAAGAUGGAAAAGUCACUGAUGUUUUUAUCAAGAGGAAGGGCACCAAGUUUCUCCGGUUUGCUCCUGUCUCAUCCCAUCAAAAAGUCACAUUCUUUGUUCACUCCUGCCUGGAUAUUAUUCAAAUCCAAGUCAGGAGAGAUGGGAAACUUCUUUUGUCUCAAAAUGUUGAAGGAGUCCAUCAAUUUCAGCUUAGGGGCAAACCAAAAGCCAAGUAUCUCAUUAGGCUGAAAGGAAACAAGAAGGGGGCCUCUAUGCUGAAGAUCCUGGCGACCACACGGAUCAAUAAGCAGUCAUUUCCCUCUCUUCCUGAAGACACAAGAAUCAAAGCCUUUGACAAGCUCCGUACAUGUUCUUCAGCAACAGUGGCCUGGUUGGGCACUCAGGAAAGAAACAAGUUUUGCAUCUAUAGAAAGGAAGUAGAUGAUAAUUACAAUGAAAACCAAAAGAAAAGAGAACAGAACCAAUGCCUAGGGCCAGAAACAAGAAAGAAAUCGGAAAAGGUUCUCUGUAAGUAUUUCCACAGCCAAAACUUACAGAAAGCAGUGACCACUGAAACAAUUAAAGGCCUCCAACCUGGCCGAUCUUACCUUAUUGAUGUUUAUGUUAUUGGGCAUGGAGGGCACUCAGUGAAAUAUCUGAGUAAAGUUGUGAAAACAAGAAAAUUCUGCUAGUGACUUUGCAUCAAGAAAUAGACUUUGGGAAAGUUCAAGGUGAACAUCAUACUACUUAAAGUGUAAACAAUUGACUAUCACACAGCUGAGGGAAGUUGUGAUCCAUAUUUGUACUGUGUAAGAAAAGAUAUCAACUUGUAUAUUUAUGUUUACCUAUGCCACUCUCAUAUGGGACUGGACCAGGUGCUCCUGGAUGGCAUCUGGAAGAUGUAUUACUGGGUGGUCCAGCUCCCCACUGGACUCUUGGUUUAUGUCAAUAGCUGCAGAAAACAUGGGGGGGGGGGAAUCUCUUGCCAUCCUUUGCUCUCACAUUGCAUGAACUGCUUCUAAAUUAUCUUAUACUUCAACCAUGAAAGAUAUCAUUCAUUAGGUCAUACACACACACACACACACACACACACACACACACACACACAUGCAAAUGCUUUCUGUAGAUUCUAGGUUGUCUGUAAAUUAUUUUAUAAAGUCUUGUUUUAAAUGUUGGUGUUUUUAUGAUUGUAAACUAUUAAAUUCUUGCCAUGACUAAUUACCACCUUAAUAUCAGCCUGUACUCUGGUAGCUUUCAUCACAAUUCCAAAUUCCUGUCUGGUUGAUGUUUAAAUGCUGUACCAUGUACAAAGCUGAUGUAUCUUAUAUUCUUGUAUAUAAAAUUAAAAUUCUUAGAUUAUAUAUUCCUUCUUGCAUUGUAAUGUAGACAGGAGAAACAGCCUCCUGAUGGAAUAAAAUUUCUACUUUAGCCCUUUCUGUAAUGUGGCACCUAAAAUGGCUUUUCCUUUUAUUUAAGAAGGUAUGUUAAGACCUCCUCAAGGUAUGGCUGCAUUAACAAAAGCUGUUGAGAUGUGUAAUUUGACAUUGAACAGAAGCCAGCUGCUGUGGAAGUUGAGAACUCUUCUAAAUAAUUGUUAAAAAGAAUGGACCUGUCAGCCAGACACGUAGCUUAACAAACAUUAAACAAAUAUUUCUCAGGACUUAAAAUAGAUUUCAUCAUAAACAUCUGUCUUUAAGGAGACUGCAUGGUUGGUUGAAGGGGUUUCCAUUUGCUUAAUUAAAUAUUAGCAAAAAUGAUUACUUUCAUUUCUGGAUAAAACAGUUCAGUCACUUGCAAUUAUACCUAUGCCAAAUAAUAGAAAAGUUGCAGUAAUCCCUAUUACUUUUAUUUUUAAAUAGCAUUUUAUUGUGAUUCUGGAGUGAAAUUUUAGAAGAUUAGGACAAUAUUUAGGUCCUACACAUAAAGAACCCUAAAUAGCAUGGAGGGCGGGAUAGGGAGUGUGGAAUCACUAGUCUUGGGAGUUAACAAUGGCCUACAUUAAUAUGGGAUAUUAAUUUGGGACAGCUGGAUGGCAUAAGGGAUAAAGCUCUGGGCCCAAAGUUAAAAAGAUUCAUUUCUAUGAGUUCAAAUCUGGUCUCAGACACUAGUUUUGUAAUUCUGGGAAAGUCACUUAAUCUUGUUUGCCUCAGUUUCCUCAGAUGUAAAAUAAGCUGGAAAAAGAAAUAGCAAACCACUUCAGUGGUUCCCUUGUCAUGAGAACUCCAAAUGGCAUCAUGAAGAGUCAAACAUGACUGAAAAAUGACAGAACAACAUAGCAUUAAUUUAGUACUUUAAAGUUUGAAAAGUAGCUUGCAAAUGUUACUUCAUUUGAGCUUCAUAAAAACCCUGAGGAUAGUGAAACAGACAGGAAGUGCCUUACUGACAGUCAUAUAUAGCUAGGAAGUUUCUAAAGCUGGAUUUGAACUCAAUUAUUUCUAACAUCAGGACUAGUGCUUUAUCUACUGUGAUCACCAACUGCCUGGUUUCUAAUCUCAGUCCUGUCAUUAAUUAGCUGUGUAACUUUUAAUCUCUACAACUCAAUUUUCAUCUCUCUAAUAUGAAGUACUUAGACAAGAUAAUUUUAAAGAUGUCUACCAGCUCUUAUAUUUCUUAAUUCUAAAUGCGGAAUCAUUAUCUCUUUGAAUGAAUAUCUGUAAUCAUAUCCUUAUGUUUUCUUUAUAGUAGAGUAUCUUAUAAUACAGGUCAUGGAUGAUAGAGUGAAUAUCUUGUAGUAUCUUCAUAUAGUACUAGUUUAGUACUGGUAAUAGUGCCAUAUUAUAUAGUAGAGUGAGAAUCUCACAGUGUCUUCAGCACUGUUUAUAUUUGGUUCCCUACCUUCAUAUGUUAUGAAGGGAGAGAUAACAAAUUCAAUAUAGUUGACAUUUGGUGCUUGCCCGAGGUCAGAAGAAAAAAAAAAACAACAACAACAAAACCAAAAAACAACAACAAAAACAAUAUCCUCACUUUCAUUCAAAAGAAGCAAAAUAGUGUGGAAAAGUAAAAAAAGAUUUUGGCCUUCACAAAAAAAUCAGUUUUGAAUAUGGGCUCUGUAAUGUAUUAGUUAUGAAACUUUCAGUGAUCCAAUUGAGAGCAACCAUCUGUUAAAACCUUACUGUGGUCAAAACAUUUUUCCUAGAGAUCAAGAGGAAAAAAAUGAUCCUUUUUCAAGGGGCUUCACUAAGGUUUGGGAGCUGGAGAGUUGGAAAAGAUGGAACAUCUAUAUAGAUAAGUACAAAGUAAUUCCUUGUAAUUCCAAGAGGAAAUGGCUACCAAAAAAAAAAAAAAAACAAC